GUGCAUUGUGGGAGAGAACUCAGCUCCAAGGCAAACUGGAGAACUUAGAACAGGUUCUGCAGCAUAUGCGUGCCGCUGCGGAGCGGAGGCAGCAGUUAGAGGUAGAACAUGAGCAGGCCCUGGCUGUACUCAGUGCCAAGCAGCAGGAGAUUGACCUCUUGCAGAAGGCUCAGGUUGAGGCUAAGAAGGAGCAUGAAGGUGCUGUCCAUCUGUUAGAGGCGAAAGUGCGAGAGUUGGAGGAGAAAUGUCGGACUCAGAGUGAACAGUUUAACCUCCUGUCUAAAGAGCUGGAGAAGUUCCGACAGCAGGCUGGCAAGUUUGAUAUCCUAAGCUCCACCUCCCCCCUCACUGUGAGCGAAUCACCCGGCUCGCCCAACAAAACCCUCUCCCAGCUCCUCAACGGAUUGGCUGCUCCAUCCGGGAAAGGUAAUGAGAAGUCGGUGAUCUCAGAGUUCAUCCGGCCACUCCAGAUAAGCGGGGAGAAGGCCGAGCUCCUGUCCGUCAAACCGACCGUCCUAUCACGGAGUCAGCCCGGUAGCCCCAGACGCACCUUCAUGUCCGAGAUGGACAAAGAGCUAAGUCCCUCCCCCAGAUCCAAACCCAGGUACACAGGCAAAGUUCGUCUGUGUGUCGCACGCUACAAUUAUAACCCAUAUGAUGGCCCUAAUGACAACCCGGAGGCAGAGCUCCCCCUGGUGGCUGGGAAGUACCUUUACAUUUAUGGAACCAUGGAUGAAGAUGGCUUUUAUGAAGGGGAACUUCUAGACGGACAGCAGGGUCUUGUUCCCUCAAAUUUUGUCGACUUCUUGGAGGAUGAGGAGCUGCCUUCCGUUCCUCUCUCUGACCGCGUCAAAGAAACCGCCUACCUCAACCACAGUCCUCUCGGCCUGGGCUUGGGCCUAGGCCUCGCCGCGGACCUCUUGGGCCCCUGCAGCAACGGCACGGGCACUCUGGACGUGAGCAUCGACGAGAUCGGCGAAGACAUCGUGCCUUAUCCCCGCCGCAUCACCCUGAUCAAGCAGCUGGCGAAGAGCGUCAUCGUGGGCUGGGACCCUCCCGUGGUGCCUCCCGGCUGGGGUUCCGUAAACGGCUACAACGUGCUCGUCGACAAGGAGGUGAGGAUGAGCGUUCCGUUCGGCGGCAGGACCAAGUCGCUCGUCGAGAAGCUCAACCUGGCCACCUCCACUCACCGCAUCUCCGUCCAAAGCGUGACGGAUCGCGGGCUUUCGGACCCGCUUCGCUGCACCCUGCUGGUGGGUAAGGACGUAGUGGUCGCCCCGUACUACCUUCGGGUGGAGAACAUCACGCAAGCUUCCGCCGAGCUCUCCUGGAUGCCCAGCAAUAGCAACUACAGCCACACCAUCUUCCUGAACGACGUGGAGUACGACGUGAUGAAACCGGGCGGGUAUAGGUACCAGUUCUACAACUUGAAGCCCAUGACGGUGUACAAGGUUCGGGUGGUGGCGAGACCUCAUCAGAUGCCGUGGCAGCUGCCUUUGGAGCAGAGAGAGAAGAGAGAGAUCUCGGUGGAAUUCUGCACCCAACCUGCCGGUCCCCCAUUACCCCCCCAUGAUGUUCAGGUGCAAGUGAGCCACACCCCCGGAGUUCUGCAGGUACGAUGGAAACCCCCGCCCCUUACCUCUUCCGGAACCUCCAACGGAGCCAGCGUGAUUGGCUACGUGGUCUGCACAAAAGGUCAAAAGAUAGCGGAGGUCAUGUACCCGACGGCCGAUUACGUGACGGUGGAGUUAAACAGGAUCCAGGGUCUAGAGGCGCGUGAGGUUGUUGUGAGGACCAUCUCAACACAGGGCGAGUCUCAGGACUCUCCCGUGGCAACCAUUCCACACAACGUCCUCGUUCCGCCACACCCCCACCCGCCCCCUCCCCCGCAAUCCAAACCCCUACCAAGUGCCAGAGACCCUCAUGCCAAAGAGCAGGAGGCGGGCAGACGUUUGGGGACGUCCUGGGAGCCCCACCCCCGUGCCCCCUCGCCACUGCCACCGCCAACGCACGUGGGACACACGCUGGAGCCCCCGCACCUGGAGGGCCAUCGCUCACCCUCUCCGCAGAGGAUCCUCCCUCAGCCUCAGGGAGUGCCCAUCCCAAACACGGUCGCCCGAGCCAUGGCCCGCCAGGCCGCCCAGAGGAACACCCCAAACAGCCGGAUGGAGAGAAGGAAUAUUUUCAGCGAGAGAGGUAAUGUCCUACACUCCUUGAAUUCGGAUGAAGAGGAGGAUGGGUACGAUUCGCCCCAUGCCAGACGGAGGGGAGCGUCUGUAGACGAAUUUCUGAGAGGUUCUGAGCUGGGCAGACAUCACCAUUACAGCCACAGUGAGGAAUACUAUACAGAAAGCAGCCGUGGUUCGGACCUGUCCGACAUUAUGGAGGAGGAUGAAGAGGAGCUUUACUCGGAGAUGCAGCUGGAAGAAGGUCGACGGCGCAGCAUCAACUCCCACAACACACUCAAGGUCCUGGGGAAUUCUCCGUCCACGGGACGCUCGGAUAGGCUGGACCAUUCCGGACGGAGGUCGAAUCACGGUUGUCCACCCCCGCAAAGAAGGCCCAUGAUGGUUCCUUCCAUUGAUGGGUAUAGAGGAAGGGGCAGGCGGUCUCCAGAGUACUAUGAGGAGUCAGAACCGGAGGAUCUGCCCCGUAUCUUUGUGGCCCUCUUUGAUUACGACCCCCUGUCCAUGUCCCCUAACCCUGAUGCGGCUGUGGAGGAGCUUCCCUUCAAAGAAGGGCAAAUUAUUAAGGUGUUCGGUGAUAAAGACACGGAUGGGUUCUACCGGGCAGAGAUCUGCGGGCGGGAGGGGCUUAUCCCUUGUAACAUGGUGUCCGAGAUCCAGACUGAAGAUGAUGAGAUGAUGGACCAACUCCUCAAACAGGGAUUCCUCCCUCUUAAUACCCCCGUAGAGAAAAUAGAGAGGAACAGACGGAGUGGAAGACAGCACUCAGUAUCCACGCGGAGGAUGGUGGCCCUGUAUGACUAUGAUCCCAGGGAAAGUUCUCCAAAUGUGGAUGUGGAGGCUGAGUUGACAUUCUGUGCAGGUGAUGUCAUCACAGUAUUCGGAGAAAUCGAUGAAGAUGGGUUUUAUUACGGAGAGCUGAACGGACACAAAGGUCUGGUCCCCUCCAACUUCCUGGAAGAAGUGCCUGACGACGUGGAGGUUUACCUCACAGACUCUCCAUCCCAGCCCCCCCACCCCCAGGAUAACCCAGCCAGGACAAAGACCAAAAGGGUCCCGCUGGAAAAAUCGGGCCCUUCCAGAAGAGCCGCAACCCCUACAGUGCGCCAACACGUCCCAGGGUCCGGCCCCCCAACGCAGGGGCCCGGCAGUCCCUCCCGGGGCCCCCGAUCCGACAGUAAGAAAAAGGGACUGCUCUCCAAAGGCAAGAAACUGCUGAAAAGGCUUGGUGCUGUGAAAUAG